AUGCGCAGUGGUGGUCUGCAGGUUGCGAUUGACGGGGGAGGAUUUUGUGGUGAACAUGUUCGUGACUGCCUUGUCGUUGGAGCCCAUUCCGAACCUCUUGAGCACUACGUUCAUGAUUCUGGGGGCGCGGUAUAUCGACAUCGCCUUCGUGGCGUUCCGGUGCCGCUUGCAUUUGGGGCAGUUGUACCUGUUGUUGUUGUCCAGGGUCUCCUCCUUAAAGAACGCCGUCAGCAGAUCCACCAGCUUGUUCCCCCGGUAUAUGUCGACCGAGAUGUCGAAGCAGGUCUCGAGCUUCUCGGACCUGUAUUGGCAGUGGGUGCACAUGACCACGCUCUUCAGGAACCCGCCGAAGAUCCUGCCUAUAAAACUCCGCAUGACGUCGUUCUGCGGCACCAUCGUGACAGGGUUGUUGGAGUACUUAGACCCGUAGCACCCCUUGAUGAGCGCCUCGAGGAGGUGCUUCAGGAAGAUGAACGCAUCUUCCUGGCGACCCAGACGGUACUGCUUCCAAAUGAGCCUCUGUACGAGAUGUACAAGCGGGUUCUUCAAGGGCACUCGGGUGCCCAACGCCCUCUUGACGUGCGUCUCCAGCAAGCACGUGACGCAUACGAUCUUGCGCACCGCGUUGGAGCAGACCUUGGAGUGGGCGCCUCUCAUCAUGGCCGGGGCGAGGUAGGGCGAGUGCGUGAGCACCUGCAAGAUGACGUUAAUAAAGCAUAUGUUGAUGCCCGGGUUGAACAGCCCGCCCGCCAUCUUGUCGAACUUCUCGUUGUGCUUGGCGCUUGGCAGCCGGUCGACGCCGAAUGCAUCACUCCCCUGCAGGGUCUCGAUGAGCUCGACGGCUUUUUUGAAGGGCGCAUUGGCGUCUUCCGCAACUUGAGGGUUGCGCUUGGUCGUAUGCAGCUUGCCAUCCUUGAAGAAUUCGAUUUCGUCGCUCUUCUCUUGUGCCUCGUCUUUCGCCUUGACGAAGCUGAUGUUGCGAUCAUGAAGCUGGAUGACGAAUCUAGGCUGACGCCUCUUCACCCGCGACAUGGUGACCGGGUAGUCAUGCGGUGUCAGAUGUCUGGCAUCCUGUGGCGGCGUUUUGGCCCUUUACUACCCCGAUUCCUCUCUACGGCCGAUGUUGCGAGCGCUGGGACGCUCCGAGUUCCUCCUUCACCGGCAAACGAAUGCUAA